AUGGCCCUGAAGCGCAUCAACAAGGAGCUCAAGGACCUCGGCACUGACCCGCCAUCAUCCUGCUCCGCUGGUCCUGUUGGAGAAGAUCUGUUUCACUGGCAAGCUACCAUUAUGGGACCCGGUGAUUCACCAUACUCAGGAGGCGUCUUCUUCCUGAAGAUCCAGUUCCCUACCGACUACCCCUUCAAGCCCCCGAAAGUCAACUUCUCCACCAGAAUCUACCACCCCAACAUCAACAGCAACGGCAGCAUCUGCCUCGAUAUUCUUCGAGACCAGUGGAGCCCUGCUCUGACCAUUUCCAAAGUUCUCCUUUCCAUCUGCUCUAUGCUGACAGACCCGAACCCCGAUGAUCCCCUUGUGCCUGAGAUUGCGCACGUGUACAAGACCGACCGGCCCCGGUACGAGGCGACCGCUCGGGAAUGGACCCGCAAGUACGCCGUCUAG